AUCACUCCGAGUGAGCCAAUUCAACGAACUUCGGAGGAAAUAGAAGAAAAACGGCGCAUUCUUGAACAAGUGGAAUAUUAUUUUGGUGAUAAAAAUUUCCCAAAGGAUAAAUUCUUAAAGGAACUGUGUAGCAAAGAUCCACAAAGAUGGGUCCAACUUGCCAUAGUGCGUCAAUUUAAAAAAAUGCAGGUUUACAAAGAUGAUGCAUUAAUUGUCGAAGCUCUUCGAGAAUCUCCAGAAAUAUUAGAAGUUGAUGAUUCUGGUACAAAAAUUCGGAGAAAAACUCCUAUUAGGAUGCCAAUUCCAGAACAUGUAAAAUCCGGGCCAAUGUGGAAGUUUGAUUAUUGUGAAAUGAAGUGCGUUGAAAAAGGAUUGGAUCCUGAUACUAUGCGCAAGCAAAUACCGCAUAUUCCGAAGACAAAUUCAAGAUUGAAACAUAAAUUAGACUCGUUUAAGUAUGAAAAGGAUUGCUUAUUACGUUUUGAGGGAGCUGGACCUAAUGUUCGUUGGGAAGACAUUAAGGCCAAAAUGGAAACAGGUUAUGGUAGUGUUGUGUUUGUCAAAUUAGAUCAGCAGCUUAGAAGCGGAAUAAUCCAUUUUGAGAAACCAAUCGCUUUAAAAGUUGCGUCCUCGAUUCAAAAUGACGACCUAGAAUUUGAUGGUUUCAAGCCUGUCUUUAAAGCGCUUGAAGGUUCGUUUAAUGAUUCUGAUCGUUUAUUUUUUGAUUUAUUUUACGAACCGUGUUUUCUUAGGUCUAGUUAUAAUCAAACAAAAAGAAAUAACGCACAAAGGACUGAGGAUAACGAUGAUACUGAAGAUGCUAGGGAUGUUAAGCGGUCCAAAAGAACUUAA